UUUUUGUUAAAAGCGAGUGGUAAUAAGUCAAUUCCGCCGAAAAAAAUAUACCUUUUUUGAACUUCCUUUUCCACAAAUUAACCUAUAAAAGCAACACCACAUUUCCACGCUUAAAUUAUUUAUUGUGUGCUACUGUUUGCCGAAAAUUGAAAUUCGUGCUGUUAUUUACUUUACAUUUUUUAAUAAAAAAAUCGCGGAAUUUUUUAUCUUAAAAUGGUGUUGGCACUGAAAUUUCUUGUGUCCUGUGUGUUCUUGAUCGUUAGCUACAGUUGUGCCGAAGCAGUGGAAAUCGAUUGCCAGCGGCCGCCGCGCUUAGUGGACCCAUCGCUUUGCUGUAAAGAUGGUGGCCGGGAUCGAACCACAGAGGCAUGCGCUCAGCGUAUGGGUAUUGGCGGCCAACACAACAAUGGACCACCCACAGUAGAAAAGGCUACGUGCUUCGCCGAGUGUAUUCUCAAAGAGACGCAAUAUAUGCAAGUACCGGAGAAGCUCAACUAUGAUGCUAUGCGCGCUCAUUUGCAGAACAAAUUCAGUAAUGAUUCCGCCUAUGUGGAGACCAUGAUGCAAGCCUAUCGUAAAUGUGAACCUGUGGUACAGCAAAAGUUGCAGGUCUUCAAACAGACACCACUCAGAGGAGGGGCUGCUGCACUGCGACGCGGCUGCAGUCCCUACUCUGGCAUGCUGCUCGGCUGUUCAUAUAUGGAAUACUUCAAGAAUUGUCCGGCACAUCGCUGGACCGAUAAUGAACAAUGCGCUUUGGCGAAACAAUUUGUGACGCAAUGCGGCUUGGGCGCCUAA